AACAGACCGGACUACCGUCAGAACGGAAGAAAAAAAAACCUCCAGCCAUGCGCCGAUUGGAUCCAUUCCACUCCCCGUAAAUUCCCAUCGCAAGUCGCACCGCACAGUUCUCUCGUCGACAUCAUCAACAUCGCCCUUAGACAGAACAACAUACGCGUAUCCCGGCACCACCCCUGCUACACUGUGAGUACCUAUGCAGCAUGUCAACCCCUCGGGCGGAUGAGUCCGUGUAAACUAUUUGGCCUUUACGAUGAUGAUAAUUGAUAUUGGAGCUGUCUGAGCUCUUCAUGGUGACACCCUUACAUAUUACCAUACGCAACAUUUGUCUGAAAUUUCUAGGAAACAUUAAUGUUUCUCUGCCUGCUCUCCAGCUCUCUCGUUCUAAUUUGCGUAAGCCCGCGUUGACAUCUCCUUAGCAGUGCGACUCUCUUUCGGCCUCGAUAACCAUUCGGGAGCGUGUCGAAGUCGACGAUCCCUGAGCCCGACUCGUGGUAGCGAAGUGGACGGCGCGCGAUCUAUCCUAUGGAGGCCGCACGCGAAGCCUCCGCGGCUCCCGCGCCGGCAGUGAAUGGCGAGCGCGAGGACCCGGGCGGCUUCAAGCUGAAGUUCUGUACGGUCUGCGCGAGUAACCAAAAUAGAUCGAUGGAGGCACAUCUCCGGUUGUCGCAAGCUCAUUAUCCCGUCAUUUCUUUCGGCACCGGUUCUCUCGUUAGACUUCCGGGUCCCUCGAUCACCCAGCCGAACGUCUACCAAUUCAACAAGGUCUCGUACGACGCGAUGUACAAGGAGCUUCACGAAAAGGACCCCAGGCUUUACACCGCCAACGGCCUGCUCAACAUGCUAGGAAGGAACAGACAAGUCAAAUGGGGCCCGGAGCGAUGGCAGGAUUGGCAGGUCGGUAUUCCUAGGACUGAGCACGCUUCGGACCGCGGUAGUGAGGGAACUGAAGGGGGCGUGGUGGACGUAGUUAUUACUUGCGAAGAGCGAUGCUGGGAUGCGGUCAUCGACGACCUCUUAAACCGAGGAUCUCCCCUCAACAGGCCCGUUCACGUCAUCAACGUCGAUAUCAAGGAUAAUCACGAAGAGGCCUCCAUCGGUGGACGUGGCAUCCUCGACCUCGCUGAUUCGCUGAACAAAGUCGCAAGGGAGGAGCGAGAAGCCAUGGGAUCUGCCGCGUUUGAUAUGGCAAGCGCUGCCAGCCGGGCCUCGUUUGACGAACGAGUACCCGAAAUCAUCGGCGAGUGGCAGGAGAGGUGGCCGAAUCUCCCGGCGACUUGGACAUUGGCAUGGUUUUGAGGCGCAGUUGCGGCGAAUGUCUGCUUCUUUCUUUAAUGAUACCCCGGGAUCAGGUAAUUUUGUUAUGAACAGUUGGAGAUUUACAUAUAUAUCGGCGUAUAGGUACCUGGGCCUCUUAAAUAUACUUACAUGCUCAUUCACGAGGCAGUAGGCCUCCGAAUGCCGAGGACUCGAUUGAGUGUAUCUGGACAUGAUAGGGCAGAUACCUACAUACAGCUAACUACGGCCCUGUCCCGUCGCUUCUACCACCGCCGUUCACAGCGCCAAUGAUUUAUUACUAGCUGAGGACGGCCAGCUACGGCCUUUGGUGCUAACAUGUAUAGUGCUUAAACCAGAUGAUUUUACAACGUUUCUCGGCCUAC